AUGCAAGUUGCCGGAGCCAGCGCCGACAAGACCCAAAGGAAGCUCCACAGUAGGCUAGGGCCCGUCGUGCGGAUUGCUCCCAAUGAAGUUGCGAUUUCGGACCCAGGUGCGAUCAGAACAGUUUACAGCAUUAAUUCUGGCUUCACCAAGACUGAUUUCUAUCUUCCGUGGCGGCCGUUAUGGGCCAAGUACCCUGACCACUUCACGUCUUUGGAUGAACGACUCCAUGCAACCCGCAGAAGGAUUGUCAACAACUUGUAUUCUAUGACAAACAUCGUACGAGCCGAGAGCGGCAUCGAUCUGUGCACAGACUUGUUGAUGUCAAGAAUGCGGGAGUAUGCCGACACUGGUGAAGUUCUCGACAUUUCGAGCUGGGUUCAGAUGACCAUGGAUAGGUAUGCUUUUGAUGUGAUAGGCCAGCUGUUCUUCAGCCGCAUGUUCGGCUUCUUGAAGGAAGGUGGUGACCAUCGAGGUUAUAUCAGGUCACUAGACACCCUAUUGCCGGUUUUGGCAGUGACUUCCGUCAUGCCAACUUACAUUCGCACUUUAUUCUUAUUGGCAGGGACAAUGUUUGGAAGUGUGCGGCGGGCUUUAACCGCUCUCAAUGAGAUUGAACGAGCAGCCGAAUCAUGCAUCGCCGAGCGACAGGAAAUUCUCAAAAACGGUGAAACUGUUGAAAGAAAGGAUAUUAUGUCAACUCUCCUCGACAUAAUCCAAGAAAAGGGCGAUAAAGUCGACUUCGGAUUGACUGAAGCAAAAGUUGAAGUCUACGUUGCUUUGUUUGCAGGGUCCGAUACUACCGCAGCGGCAGUUUCAUCCAUCCUCUACCAUCUUGUCAAGAACCCACAGGCUUAUCGGAAGUUGACAGAGGAAAUUCGCCAAGCUGCCGCAUCUGGGGAGCUAAGCGUCCCCUCUGUGCAAUACAGCGAGGCCGUGAAGCUCCCGUACUUGGAGGCAUGCUGCAAAGAAGGCAUGAGGAUGCAUCCUAGUGUUGGGUUGACCUUGCCGCGCAACGUGCCCAAAGGCGGAGGCAUGAUUUGCGGCGAGUGGUUUCCUGAAGGAACUAGAGUUGGAGUGAACGCAGCCGUCGUUCAUCGUGACAAGACGAUUUUUGGGGACGACGCAAACGAAUUCAGGCCUGAAAGAUGGUUUCGGGACAACGCGGAGAAUAUGGACCGGUAUAUGUUUCAGUUCGGAGGCGGGUCGAGAACCUGUAUCGGGAAGAACGUAAGUGCCCUCCUAUUGAAGAUAAUGAUUAGAAUUAACUAG